GCGCGCCGGGCAGAGGGCCAUCCUCCGCGUGCCCCCGAGGGGAUAUGCCAUUUGGACAUGUAAUUGUCAGCACGGGAUCUGAGACCUCCAAAAAAUGAAGCUGGCGGCAGGACUGUGGGUCUGGGUGAGUCUUCUCGUGGCAGCGGGGACCGUCCAGCCCGGCGCCUCUCAGUCAGUGUGUGCAGGAACAGAGAAUAAGCUGAGCUCUCUCUCUGACCUGGAGCAGCAGUACCGAGCCUUGCGCAAAUACUAUGAGAACUGUGAGGUAGUCAUGGGCAACCUGGAGAUAACCAGCAUUGAGCACAACCGGGACCUCUCCUUCCUGCGGUCUAUUCGAGAAGUCACAGGAUACGUGUUGGUGGCACUUAAUCAGUUUCGUUACCUGCCUCUGGAGAAUUUACGCAUUAUACGUGGGACAAAACUUUAUGAGGAUCGAUAUGCCUUGGCGAUAUUUUUAAACUAUAGAAAAGAUGGAAACUUUGGGCUUCAAGAACUUGGACUGAAGAACUUGACAGAAAUCCUAAAUGGUGGAGUCUAUGUAGACCAGAACAAAUUCCUUUGUUAUACAGAUACAAUUCAUUGGCAAGAUAUUGUUCGGAAUCCAUGGCCUUCCAACUUGACUCUGGUGUCAACAAAUGGUAGCGCAGGAUGUGGUCGUUGCCAUAAAUCCUGUACUGGCCGGUGCUGGGGACCUACAGAAAAUCAUUGCCAGACUUUGACAAGGACGGUGUGUGCAGAGCAAUGUGAUGGCAGGUGCUAUGGACCCUACGUCAGUGAUUGCUGCCACAGAGAAUGUGCUGGAGGCUGCUCAGGACCCAAGGACACUGACUGCUUUGCCUGUAUGAAUUUCAAUGACAGUGGAGCAUGCGUUACACAGUGUCCCCAAACUUUUGUCUACAACCCAACCACUUUUCAAUUGGAACAUAACUUCAAUGCAAAGUACACAUACGGUGCCUUCUGUGUUAAGAAAUGCCCACAUAACUUUGUGGUUGAUUCCAGUUCUUGUGUGCGUGCCUGCCCUAGUUCAAAAAUGGAAGUAGAAGAAAAUGGGAUUAAAAUGUGUAAACCUUGCACUGACAUUUGCCCAAAAGCUUGUGAUGGCAUUGGCACAGGAUCACUGAUGUCAGCUCAGACGGUGGAUUCCAGUAACAUUGACAAAUUCAUAAACUGCACCAAAAUCAAUGGAAAUUUGAUCUUCCUUGUCACUGGUAUUCAUGGGGAUCCUUACAAUGCAAUUGAAGCAAUAGACCCAGAGAAACUGAAUGUCUUUCGGACAGUCAGAGAGAUAACAGGUUUCUUAAAUAUACAAUCAUGGCCCCCAAACAUGACUGAUUUCAGUGUUUUUUCUAACCUGGUGACCAUUGGCGGAAGAGUGCUCUAUAGUGGACUUUCCUUGCUUAUCCUCAAGCAACAGGGCAUCACUUCUCUACAAUUCCAGUCCUUGAAGGAAAUCAGUGCAGGAAACAUCUAUAUUACUGACAACAGUAACCUGUGUUAUUAUCAUACCAUCAAUUGGACAACGCUCUUCAGCACUAUUAACCAAAGAAUAGUGAUCCGGGACAAUAGGAAAGCAGAAAACUGUACUGCUGAAGGAAUGGUAUGCAACCAUCUCUGUUCGAGUGAUGGUUGUUGGGGACCUGGGCCAGACCAAUGCUUGUCCUGCCGUCGUUUCAGCAGAGGGAGGAUCUGCAUUGAGUCUUGUAACCUCUAUGAUGGUGAAUUUCGGGAGUUUGAGAAUGGCUCCAUCUGUGUAGAGUGUGACCCCCAGUGUGAGAAGAUGGAGGAUGGUCUCCUCACAUGCCAUGGACCGGGCCCUGACAACUGUACAAAGUGCUCCCAUUUUAAGGAUGGCCCGAACUGUGUGGAAAAAUGUCCAGACGGCCUACAGGGAGCUAACAGUUUCAUUUUCAAGUAUGCUGAUCAGGAUCGGGAGUGCCACCCAUGCCAUCCAAACUGCACCCAAGGGUGUAGCGGUCCCACUAGUCAUGACUGCAUUUACUACCCCUGGACGGGCCAUUCCACUUUACCACAACAUGCUAGGACUCCUCUAAUUGCAGCUGGAGUCAUCGGUGGGCUUUUCAUCCUGGUCAUUGUGGGUCUGACAUUCGCAGUUUAUGUCAGAAGGAAGAGUAUCAAAAAGAAAAGAGCCUUGAGAAGAUUCCUGGAAACAGAGUUGGUAGAACCCUUAACUCCCAGUGGCACAGCACCCAAUCAAGCUCAACUUCGGAUUUUGAAAGAAACUGAGCUUAAAAGAGUAAAAGUACUUGGUUCGGGGGCUUUUGGAACCGUUUAUAAAGGUAUUUGGGUACCUGAAGGAGAAACAGUGAAGAUUCCUGUGGCUAUUAAGAUACUUAAUGAAACAACUGGUCCUAAAGCCAAUGUGGAAUUCAUGGAUGAAGCUCUGAUCAUGGCAAGCAUGGAUCAUCCGCACUUAGUCCGGUUGUUGGGUGUGUGUCUGAGCCCAACCAUCCAAUUGGUUACACAGCUUAUGCCCCAUGGCUGUCUGUUGGAUUAUGUCCAUGAACACAAGGAUAACAUUGGAUCACAGUUGCUGCUCAACUGGUGUGUCCAGAUAGCUAAGGGAAUGAUGUACCUGGAAGAAAGACGGCUUGUUCAUCGGGAUUUGGCAGCCCGCAAUGUUUUAGUGAAAUCUCCAAACCAUGUGAAAAUCACAGAUUUUGGACUAGCCAGACUUUUGGAAGGAGAUGAAAAGGAGUAUAACGCUGAUGGAGGAAAGAUGCCAAUUAAAUGGAUGGCUCUGGAGUGUAUACACUAUAGGAAAUUCACCCAUCAGAGUGACGUUUGGAGUUAUGGAGUCACUAUAUGGGAACUGAUGACCUUUGGAGGAAAACCCUAUGAUGGAAUUCCAACCCGAGAAAUCCCUGAUUUAUUAGAAAAAGGAGAACGUUUGCCCCAGCCUCCAAUCUGCACUAUUGAUGUUUACAUGGUCAUGGUCAAAUGUUGGAUGAUUGAUGCUGACAGUCGACCUAAGUUCAAGGAACUGGCUGCUGAAUUUUCCAGAAUGGCUCGAGACCCUCAAAGAUAUCUGGUUAUUCAGGGCGAUGACCGCAUGAAGCUCCCCAGCCCCAAUGACAGCAAGUUCUUUCAGAACCUCUUGGAUGAAGAGGAUUUAGAAGAUAUGAUGGAUGCUGAGGAAUACCUGGUCCCUCAGGCUUUCAACAUCCCACCUCCCAUCUACACUUCCAGAGCAAGAAUUGACUCUAAUAGGAGUGAAAUUGGACACAGCCCUCCUCCUGCCUACACCCCCAUGUCAGGAAACCAGUUUGUAUACCGAGAUGGCGGGUUUGCUACAGAACAAGGGGUGCCGGUGCCCUAUCGUGCCACGACCAGCACCAUCCCAGAAGCGCCAGUGGCUCAGGGGGCUACAGCUGAAAUUUUUGAUGACUCCUGCUGUAAUGGCACCCUCCGCAAAUCGGUCACACCCCACGUCCAAGAGGAUAGCAGCACCCAGAGGUACAGCGCUGACCCCACAGUAUUUGCCCCAGAACGGAGUCCAAGAGGUGAACUGGAUGAAGAAGGUUACAUGACCCCUAUGCGAGACAAACCCAAACAAGAAUACCUGAACCCUGUGGAGGAGAACCCUUUUGUUUCUCGGAGAAAAAAUGGAGAUCUUCAGGCUUUGGAUAAUCCCGAAUAUCACAAUGCUUCCAAUGGCCCACCCAAGGCAGAGGAUGAGUAUGUGAAUGAGCCACUGUACCUCAACACCUUUGCGAAUGCCUUGGGAAAUGCAGAGUACCUGAAGAACAACAUACUGUCUGUGCCAGAGAAGGCCAAGAAAGCAUUCGACAACCCUGACUACUGGAACCACAGCCUGCCGCCUCGGAGCACCCUUCAGCACCCAGACUACCUGCAGGAGUACAGCACAAAAUAUUUUUAUAAACAAAAUGGACGGAUCCGGCCAAUGGUGGCAGAGAAUCCUGAAUACCUCUCUGAGUUCUCCCUGAAGCCAGGCACUGUGCUGCCUCCUCCACCCUACAGACACCGAAAUACUGUGGUGUAAGCUUAGCAGUGGUUUUAAAGUGGAGAGACAUGCCCGUUCCAUUUUCCUUGCCACCUCUCUUUCUCUCGUGGUCUUCCUUCUCCUCCCAAGGCCAGUAGUUUUGACAGUUCCCAGUGGAAGAUAAAGAAAUGCAAUGAUAGUUAUGUGCUUAUCUAAUUUGAACACUAGAAGGAAGGACUGAAAGAGAAAGACAGGAGGAACCAUGUUGUUUCUUCAUUUCUCUGCAUGGGUUGGUCAGGAGGCUGGAACAGCUAGAGAAGGUUCGACAAAUAUAAGGCAGUACUGCUUGCUGUCAUAUCAAUUUAUAAUAUUUAUUCUCUUUUAUUUCUCUCUCUCUCUUUUUUAGUGAAGAUGCUUGAAAGAUACGUGCUCUCUGUUCCUAUCUGUAGGAACUGAUGUGUAUUUUCAGCAUCCCUGGAAAUCCUAAUAAAAUUUCCAUUAGAACAAAAAAAACGUUUUUGCUAACAUAUGAUGGCAACUGAGAUGGAGAGUCCAGUUUCGUCUGUAGCAGUUUUUAUCCUGACAAAUAAGAAUGGCCAACUUAGCUUUCAUAUUGAGUCUCCAUCAGUUAUAACUCUUAUGUUUGGAGAACUUUGUUUUGCUUUGGUCUGUCCUUUUAUAUUACAUGUUCCCCUAUUUUUGGCUUUAAUUUCUAAUUGCAAAGAUUUUUACAUCAAAGCUUCUUAUGUAUUGCUAUAAAUUGACAGCUUUAAAAAGAAAUAUUUUAAUAUUUUGAAAUGGCCACUAUUUUAAAUAUGCAGUCUUUAAAAUUAGAAAGGGAGGCCAAGUUAUUAGUCAAAUAUGACAUCAACCCUAACUUUUGUGCUUUACACUCUUGAAUAUGUACCCAUCCCAUACCUUUACAUUCAUCAACAUCUUCUCCAUGAAUGACAGUACUUGAUAAGUGGUUGGUAAUGUUAAAAGUAGAAAGGAAGCUAAGAGACAGUUUUGUGUGGUUCAUGAAAACUACUGACACUUUCAGGGAUGGUCCUGAAUGGGAAAUCCAUUGAACUGGAAAAAAACACACUGGAUUGGGUAUGUCUACCUGGCAAAUACUCAGAAAUGUAGUUUGCACAUAAGCUAUAAUUUUUUUUUGUUCUCUUUCUGAACUCCAUUUUGGAUAUUGAAUGAAGCAAUAUGGAAGCAACCAGCAAAAUAACUAAUAAGUACAUUUAAAAAAAAAGAGCUAAGAUAAAGAAAGACUGUGGAAAUGCCAAAUGAAGCAAAUUAGGACUUUGGAAGAGUACCCAGGGAUUGUGGUGAAAGGGCCAGCACAUUAUCCACAUGUGAUGCUACAUUGCUACGCAAGGAAAGUUGUCCAGUUUGUAUACUCCAUGUGAAGGAAUGCAAGUAAGAAUUGGCUUGAAUUCAUGGAAUUUGUAGUAUGAGAUUCUAUUUGUAUUAAGUAGAAGAUAAAUUGUUGCACAUAAGUUGGUAUAAUAAGAAAUACAUAAACAUUCACAGUUCAUAGAUAGGUCCUUGGGUUAAAAGUUGUAAAUAAUCAUGAAAAAGCUCAUGUAAUUAUUUUAAAAUCAAAAAUAAUAAUCCUCUGAUACUUUAUAUAAAAAUUCUUUUUCUUCAAAUACAGCAUCCUAGUUCUAGAACCAUCUUUAUUAUAUAUCACUUUAAGACGACUGAUAGGAAUGAGUGAAGGAAUAAGUCUCCAGGAGAGGAGACCUCAGGUCAGUAAAUAGAAGAAUUGUAUAUGUGUCUCUUUUCUGGGAAAUUCUGCCCCAAGUCAUUGGAAUAAAAAUAAAAUCUUUAUAAUGUAAUGUUGAAGUAUUAAGAUCAUAUUUGAGUCUACCACCUUUAAAAAAAAAAAAAGCAAGUAAACUGAAAAUCUCCAUUGGUAAAGCAGAGAGUUCAGAAAAAUAAUGCAAAAACAUCUAGGUUUCUUUCUAUUUUGAAAAAAGAAAUCCCUCUAUUCAUUCAACUCCUUUAUUUUUUCAACUGAUAUUUAGAGUCUACUAAAAGCUCUGUGUUACAUGGGGAAUGCCCAUAUUAAUGUAGUAUUAUCCAGAACUUUAACAUCUCAUAGUCACGUUUAAUUUGGAAUGCCAUUUAGAUUUUUCCUUUAAGUCAAGGAAUAAGAUUAUUAUAGACUAUAAUAAGGUUAUUAUAGACUAUUUUGUGUACAGUCAUCAUAACAUCAGCUGCUUGUUAAAAGAUCUCCUGUGAAUGCAUUUGGGACAUGAAUUAAACACCUGUUUUUUAUUGCAGUUGGCAAAUAGGAUAGAUUCAAUGUUAUCAUCCAAACAGACUGAUCUAAAUGGAGAAUGCACCACUGGCUAAUUGGUGUAUUUGACCUCUAAGUUGACCACUAAAUCAACAGCAGAUUUCGUUCUUUGACUAUGAACCCAAAUGCAUUGGAAGUGGUUUCUUCCUAAGUUAUGAGAAGUAUGGUAAGCUCGAGGAUUGAGCUAGAACAAGGGAAGAAGGGCUUAUGAGAUCUCAUCUAGUGAAGUUCAACCAUGAACUUCCCAAGGUUGAAGGCACAGAAUGAUUCAGAAGUCACAGAAUGACAGCUGAGCUCUCCCACCAUUCACCAAUCUCCAGGAAAGGAGUACCUCACAUCAGUACUUACGAUGAUUCGGAUAUAAGCCUUCCUUUCUUGAUCUAUCUGUACCAACUCAUCACUGACAAUACACUUGUUGGAUACUAGAACUUGACUUAUUCUUCUGAUUUUCAAUUUUUUGUCAUUUCUACCAAGAUUUGGAAAGCAGAAUCAUUUUGAAGGAUGAAAGACAAAUGAUGUUCUUACUGUUAAGGAGCUAAAAUGUAUUCAGAGAAUUUAGUCUCAUCCCUAGACCAUGAAAUUCUUUCGGAUCAGUUAAUCUAUGAACAAGGAGUUAAUGCAAGUAUAAUUCAAAAUUACCCAAAAGUUUCUUAAGACUUCCACUUUAUUAUUCCUUUUGAAUGGUAGUUCACACUUGGUUUCAUUUGUUUUAGAGUUUCUCUUUUAGUUUUAUUUUCAUCUCCCUAUGGAAACAUACUUAAGAGUGUGUGAGAGUGAGAAAGGAAAAAAGAGAGCUUCAGUUGUUCCAAGAAUUGCCUAUUUAACCCAGUAGAGUGAAAUUAAACAAUUAAGGCCUACAAAGUACAUCAGAAUAUAAGAUUCCAGAUGCUAGUUGUAUCAAUACAGAUAGGCAUUAUCAACUAAGUAAAUCUGAGGAAAAUUAAUAGUAAAACUAUAUAGACUGUAUUUAUUAAAUCCUUAAAUUCUGUAGCAUAUACCUAUCUUGGGGACUUCUGGGAAAACUUUACAAAGUAAGUGGUUGUUUGAAGAAGUAAUUUUUAGACAGGUGAGCAAAGAAAUCCUCUAAACUAAGGUAGAUCCAGAACCACAAAGCUUCUUGAGGUACAAAGAGGUGUCUGGACUACUUCACAGUGAAUGGUUUUCUGAAUAUAAGUAGCACAGGUUAGGAUGAGAGUGUUUCACAAAUAAUAUUCUUGAAAUAGCAUAAAAGACAAUGCAAAACUCAAAAUAUAUUAAAAAGUACAAGCUAAAAAUAUGAGACUCUUAGUAGAUCAGAAAGAAUAACAAUAUCUGUAGCUUGAAAGAAGAAAUAGUGUUCUUCUUAGUGUUACCAUGUGUCAAUACCUUUUAAAGUAUUCUAAAGUGGCUUGAAGACUGUGCUUGUUCCCAAGGUCAAGGACAAACAAGCAAAAAGACUGUGAGGCUUUGCUGCUAGAUGAAGUUAGAGGGGCUAUAACAUGCUUCUUGAAGUGUCAAAAGUGAAAAGAAAAUUAAGAUGGUUUAAGCCCAUCAGGCAAGGAUGUAAAUACAAUUUUUUCUAACACUAUCUAACCUUUCUUUCAAGACUUGAAUUUUUCAUUCAUCUGUAAUUGUUAAUUAUUUAACUAGUAUAUGUAGUUCAUAAGGUAAUAGAAGAGGUGAUCAUGAAAGCAUGUAUAUAAACUGGACAGAAAUAUGAUAAGCUGUAAGAUGUAGAUUUAGUUAGGUUAUCAGACAUUAAAUGAUUUUAAUAUUGCUAAACAAAUCAAACUAGAAAAUUAACCACAAAAUAUAACAAAAUAAGAUACAGGAUAUGAAAUGUAGGAUGGAUUUUGCAUAGUACAAAAUAAGUUUGCCAUUUAAAAUUGUUAUUUAUUAGGUUUAGCUGAAAGUAGGCAUAUUAAGAGUUGGUCCCACUUGUGAAAACCUGCUUUUAAAUAUUAUAAGUAAAAAUUUUUCUCACUGUAUUAUUCCUUUACCAUUUCUUAAUGUAAAAAGAAAAUUUGUUUUGAAAACACCACCUUGUAGGGUUUAAUAGGCAAAUGUGACAUGAAGUAAGAGGUCUUCAAAGAGAAGUAAAGGAAACGUAAAUGUUCUAUUACCUUAUGCAGAGACAAAGAAUAAGUGGUGCCAUUUAGUAAACAAAUUACAUUAAAUUUGUGGCAUGUCCUAUCAUCUUCCAUAAUAUCCUCGCAUCUCCCAAAACCAGGAAUUAGUUAACAAUAUUCUGAUAAACAAAUAAAAUCAAGCAUUUCCAACUGCUGUAUUUCCAUUAUUUUGAACUCUAGUUACUAAGCUGAUGAUUUUUAAUAGGGCAAAUGAGAAAUCCAGGUUUAUAAGCUGCUAGUUGUUUUAAAGCCAGAUAAUCUAACUUCUACUGUAGAUGCUCUAGGCAGAGAAUCCUGCUGUGCCUCUCUUUGUAUUUAUGGACAUCGAAGGACCACCUUGUACCCAUGUAGACACAUAAAGGCAGAUUCAUGACUCCUGAUUGCCCUUUGUUUGGAACAAAAAAACAUCACACAGAUGUAGAUUGGGCAUGAUUUUAAAGUCACAGUCUCAGCAGGACCUUGACAUUACUAAUUAUACAAUAGGGUCAUCUUUUAUUCCUCUGGGGAAAAUCAAUAAAAAUCUUCUAACCCUAGAGAUACUUUGCAAGAGUGGUUCUCUCCACACUUGCAACAUAAAACUUUUGAGGUCAUGUGUUGGGUCAGGAACCCUUGUGUUUGUAUGGACAAAUGGCUUUUAACAUCAAGGGUUGCUUUUUUUUUUUAAUUAAACAUCUCUAUAAAUUAGCAGAAUUUUCCAGCAUUGUGUUCAAUUCCCACUGAUUUUGUAGAGGUGCAAAAUUAUAGGAUGUCCACUUUUGCAGACCCCUGACUCAAUUCCUCCCAGCCAGGUGGUAUUUUGGGCAGAAGAAAAUGUUUCUCUAUUCACAAGCUGAGAAGACAAAUUAAAGCCCCCAUUUCAUGUGGGUAUUCACAUAAUUCCCCUGGAAAAAACUCCUUGACAGUCCGUUUUGCAAGUAAGCGAUAACCUUGUUAGAAAACACAGAAAAAAUAAUUUCUCUCUGGACCUCACUGGAACAUAGUACCCUUACUUCUCCCACUGCCUCCAUUCUUUUCACUUUUCUACCACCCUAGUUCAAAGCAGUCCUCUAGAUGCUUUACUUCUCUUAAGCCAUAGUGGAUCUUCUUGGUCCCAUACCCUGCUUUGUGAAAUAAUGACUUAAGUCUCUGCCCUCAGAUGCCUGACAUUUUCCAUAAAAGAGUCUAGCAAUCUGAACAUUGUGUAAAUUAUUUCUCAAAUAAAUGACUGCACAGAGUACACAUUAUGAUAGUAAAACGAUAUUUUCCAUGAAGAUUGAAUUUCUUAACUAUGCCCUUCUCUGUAGGAAUUUGUGAUGAAUCAGCCCUGUGAUGAAUUUUGAAACUCACACAUGCACACUUACCCUUUGGUGGGUCUUAGAUUUAAUCUUUCCAUAAAGACCUUACAUAUAACAGAGAGUUUUGCUAGCAAAUUAACUUAUUUACUUUAUUUAUCUUCUUUUAUCCCAACCACAAAUAUUUUACUGCUGCUGUAAUUUUUUUUUUCACAAAUGAAGAAUCUUAUAUCAUAAAGGGAAAGGCUAUUUAGCUUUGAGAACCACCUGUAAUAUUUUACUGGAAUUGUUCAUCUAUCUAACAAAUGCAUGAGUGCAGUUUCACUGUAAUGCAAAUCCAUGCUGUCUAAUAAGUUGCCAUUCUUUCUCUACUGCUCUUUAAAGAAGUUUUUCUUUCAAUGAUCUGCUUUUGCAUUUCAUGAGGAGUGGUUAUAUUUGUACACAUAUACAAAUAUAUGAAUACAAAGUUUCAUACCUAUAGGCAAUAGUCUAAUUUGUCCAAACCACUUUGCCUUUACUGCUAUUUUUAUCCCUAAUAUGUAAAUGUUUCCCCCAGGCCUGUAGCUCUUUUGCAAAAAGCAAAUCAUAUCUCCUAUAUGACAUAACCUGGUUUUUGAGUAUCAUUUCCAGAUUUUUCAGUUAAUGUGGGGGCGAGGGAUAUACAUUUUCCCUAAUGUGAGAGUCACUUUCCUGUAUAUUUCUGGAUCUCUCAGGGGCUGGGAGGGGGUAGUGAGGGUACUACACCAUAGCACUCCAAGAACCCUUUUGGGAUUACUCCAGUAAUCAACUAAAAGAAGUUAUUUUCUAAAUGUAGAUACGUAAGGUGUUCUUUUAAAGUAAGGUACUUUGAAAUAUGUAGCAUAAAUUGGUACUGCUGUUAAAUGGGUCGAUUAUUAAACUGAGCAGCUGUGCAAGGGCAGCUAACUUUGAAAGCACACCGCACUGGCUGGUGUGUCUGCAUCUCAUGCUGUGAGCACCAGGGACUCACAUCGCUGCAUGUCAAAUUGCAUUUUCUCAUGGUAAGACUAGUUGUUCAUCUCUUUCUCGAGCAAUCUAAUCUCGAGAGCAAAUGAAAGUGAGAUUAGUCUGUAAGACAAUUCUUAGCACAAAAAAAAAUAAGUCACAUGAUCUCUCACAAACACUCAUCUCAUACACCCAUCAAAGUAUUUGACUAAGAUCGGUUCAGGUGAUAAAGGGAGACACUUUACAGAAAAGGCAGAGACUUAAGGUUUAGUAUACAUUUGUAUUCAUUUCUUCAUGUUCUUAACUCCUAAACAGAAAACAAGCCCUCUCUCUUGUGAAGUAUCUUCAAAAGACAGAGGUGCAAAAAAUACCUAGCUGGUAAGCCAUCGAUGUUUCAUUUAAAUCCCAGUGUUCAAAGUUAGCUGCCUUUUUGAAAUAAAAAAUACUACUGUAUGUUUGAAAAUGUGAAUAGUAUUUUUAUAGCUUGUUAAAGACAUGGCUAGUUGAAUUUGUAAAUAAGGAAACUGUUGCUUUGAUUUUCUUUCGUGGACAUCUUUAUUUGGAACAUAAUUGUCUUUAGGGUUGAUUUGUAUAUAAGUAAUUGGCUUGUGAUUGUUUCUUUUUGGUUGGAAGUUAUCAUUUUGACAUUACUUGUGAUUCUGUGUUCAGCACUAUUGUGAUGUGUUCAACCUCUGCACUCGCUUACACAAUAGGAUAUGCCAAUUGUGUGUGGUGUAAUGUUAUUUUGAUUUUUUUCUAUUUUAUCUAUGAAGGAUUAUGCACUUAACACAUACUAACUUUUUUAAUGUUAGGUAUAUUUUUAGUAUAAUUUCCCUUAUUCUUUCUUCUCCAACCCUUCACUCCACUCUCCUCCUUCCCCCCAUUUCUGUUGCUAUUUGAGAAUGAGGGACAAACAGUAUUUCAAAUUUCUGUAAUUAGAUUUUUCAGUUAGUUCUCAAGGAUUCUCUCUUGGUCUUGGGAAAGAAUUGUACCUGUACAAGGCAAUUAUAGAAUGUGACCUGCUUUGCCUCAUUCCAUACUGAUCAUCCCAGCUGAACAAUUUGAAAACUGUUCUGCCUUUUUGUUACAUGAAUCUGUCAGAAAUAUAUUUUUAAUUUAAUAUAAAUGAAAUUCAAUAAAAUAUGAAACAAA